AGCUUGUUGCAGAUUUUUCUAGGUUGUUUUCCUUUUUUGUUCUCUUUUUGCAGAUUACACUCUCUAUUUUCACUUUGCUUUUGCUAAAUUUCAUUGGAUCCUCUCUUAAAUUUCAAAUUUGUAAAGAAAUUAAAGAAGCCCCCCCGUUUUUUUCCUCUCAAAACCCAAUUGAUUUUAGAACCCUAAUUUCACUUUUUGUUCUUAUUUGAAGCUCAAAAGAUACAAAUUUUAAAGUUUUCUUUUGGAAAAAAAAUUGGUUUUUUAAAGCUUGAAUAGUUAAUCUGCUGCUUUUUUCCUCUUAAUUUUAUAAUUUUAAAGCUUUUACCUUGAAAUUUCAGCUAUACUCUAGCUGAAUUUAAUAACAAAAAUAAAAAGGAUUUAAAAAGUUUUAUAUUUGAAUGUUUUUCAUCAGCUGGGUUGAUAUGAAAGUUUAAUUUUCGUAGGAAUCCUUUGAUUUAGUUUAACACAUUCAAAGGCUACCAUUUCUUUAAGCUUCAAGCUUAAAGUUUCAAUAUUUCUUAACUUAGAACGUUUUAAGCUUUUUGGGUCAAUUCCUUAUCCGUUUUUUAGCUCUUCAAAAGAACCAGAUCUUAGUCUUUUUCUUAUUUAGAUUGGCUACUUAAUGUCCGUAGAAAGGUCAUUUGAAGCCUGGGAAGAGGUCCAACGCCAUGGCCAGGACCUUGCAGAUCGGCUAGCUCAAGGUUUUACUGGCUUAAUCCAAUCCCAUAUCACCCCACCUUCGUUCCCAUGGCCAAACCCUCCAAAAUCCAAGCUUUUCGACCUCGAGUUCCCUUCCCAAUCCUUUGUCAAUAAGGAUUUUGGGCUUCCCAUUGACAAGUCUACCAUGUUCGACAUCGGUGAUAUCGGGAACAGGAUUGGUCAAGUCGGGGCUGAUUUCAGUGCCGGCUUAAAUGGGUUGGUGCAGCAGUUCUUCAGGAGCUUGCCAAUCCCCUUUCGUACUGAGGAGAGUGCUGUUUUGCCUGUUAGAGGUGAUAUGAUCUUGAAAGUGCAGAAGGCUGAGGUGGGUGGCAAUGAUAUGGAGGGUUUGGUCGGGUUUUCAGAUCGGUCAAAGGAUUUCGGGUUCCUCGAAAAUGAGAGUGGUUCGGAGGGUUUGGUGGAUGAAGAGCUUUCAGGUUUUAAUUUGAAGUCUGCUGGAUUGCUUGGGAGACCUCAGCAGGGGACCAUAAAUAUUACCUCGACAUAUGAGAGUAGAACACGAGAUUUAGAAAGUUCUUUGGUUGCAAGGGGAGACCUAUGGAGAGUAGAGGCAUCAAAUGGCAGUUCCACAUCAGGGAGUGACAACUCUUUAUUCCUUCUCCAGCUCGGACCAGUGCUCUUCGUUAGGGACACAACACUUCUUUUACCAGUUCAUCUAUCAAAGCAACAUUUACUUUGGUACGGCUAUGAUAGGAAGAACGGAAUGCAUUCUCUUUGUCCAGCAGUAUGGUCAAAGCAUAGGAGGUGGCUAUUAAUGUCAAUGCUCUGUCUUAAUCCUUUAGCUUGUUCAUUUGUAGAUUUGCAAUUUCCAAAUGGACAGUUUACAUAUGUAUCUGGUGAAGGGCUGACGACAAGUGCUUUCUUACCUAUUUGUGGGGGACUUCUUCAGGCACAGGGCCAAUAUCCUGGAGAAAUGAGAUAUAGCUUCUCUUGCAAGAAUAAGUGGGGAACACGUGUCACCCCAAUGGUGCAAUGGCCUGACAAAUCAUUUACGCUGGGUCUUUCACAAGAGCUGGCUUGGAAGCAAUCAGGGCUCAUGAUGAGGCCGUCCGUUCAAUUUAGCUUGUUUCCAACGUUUGGUGGAAGUAAUCCGGGGUUGCGGACGGAAGUUAUUCACACAGUGAAGGAGGAUCUCAAUCUGAUUUGUGGUUGUGCUGUGGUGGCACAUCCUUCCGCAUUUGCAUCAAUAUCAUUUGGGCGCUCUAAGUGGAACGGAAAUGUCGGGAAGUCAGGGAUAGUAGUAAGAGUAGACACGCCUCUUUCCAGUGUUGGCCGCCCAUCUUUUUCUGUUCAGAUAAACAACGUUAUCGAGUUCUGAUUUUUUGGCAUCCAACACCUGCUGUUAAAUUGUAUAGAUACAAUUGCAGAUAAAUAAACAAUACCACGUGUGAAUACCCAAAUGCUACUUGGGUUAACUACAUUAAUCUCUGAUCCAGCUUUGGAGAUUCAUGCUCUUCUUUUCUUCCUUUUGUUUCUAAUCUUUUUAUCUUCUUUUUCCUGAUUUUUUUUUACAUGUCAGGUCAACAAUUUUGGCUUAUGUUUCAGUUAAAACAAGUCUUUGUAAUAAUUUCUCCUAUGCUUAAACAAAUUCUUGGGUCUAUGUAUUUAUGUUACUUGGACUCGGGUUUCGGACA